AUGACCGCAACACGACGAAUCAGCUCGUACCACUCACUCAACCAUCCAAUCAGCCCAGCUCGACUCACACCUUCCUCUAUAUUCUCUUUCCAUUUGCAGGACCGUGAAAGAAGUGAUAAUUGUAGCCGAUCAAACAGUCCACUGGACGAGUCAAGCCGUGCGAAAGUAGCCGCGGCGCUACGAAGCCGCGAAAAAAUGUCGCCCCUAUCCCUGCCGACGGGUGGAUCCCCGGUAACCAACCAGGCGGCAGCUGCUGCAGCUGCCGCCGCUGCAGCCCAGGUGCAUCUAAAUGGAACUAUGCAAGAUAUGCUGAACCUACAGAAGCUGCAGAGUUUGGCGCAGCUGACCGGAGGAGCGGGAGUGUUACCAGGGCUAGGACUUCCGACGGCUGGUUUACCGUCGGCGCUACUUAAUAAUUCGCCACUCAAUCUAAGUCUAGGAGCGCAAAGCCAUUCUCCUGUGAUGGGGGCACUGGGGGCCGCCUCACAACCUCUGACAGCUGCAGCUGCCCAAAUGCCUCAAAUGAUUCUAGCGUCUGGACAGAUUGUCCAAGGAAUUCAAGGGGCCCAACUGCUCAUACCAACGUCACAAGGAAUCGCCACCCAAACCAUCCUGACAAUCCCCGUGGGCCAACAGGUGAUAUCAAGCAUGAGCAGCGAGAAUUUAUUGCAGUGUUUAAAUUUUAAUACCGUCGCAAGCAACAACUUCAACGAUAUGUUGAACCAAUCAAGCCACCACCAUCAUCAUCCGCAUCAUCCGAGCAAUGCGGCGUUUGCGGCAGCGGCUGCAGCGGCCGCCGCGGUGGCAACCCGCGAGUCCCCCGUCACAGUCAAUAGUGCAAUAAAUACCACCAGUCUACUUACGAAUCAACUGGCCUUGGCCGCAGCCGCCGCCGCUAAUAGCAAUCAUCACCAUCACCACCAGCAUCAGCAUCAGCAACAGCAGCAACAACAACAGCAGCAUCAGCUCCAACAACAACAGCAACAGGCUGCACUUCAUCAAUCGCAGCAGACGAAACAUCUGCACCUUGGUCUCCCAGCGGGCCUACCUUCGUCGGCGUCAUCUUCUUCGACGUCAUCGGCCAUUCACGUGGCGGACAAGUUUAAAAAUUUAUCCACCCACGAAAAGACGCCAUCCGAGCGGUCCACCCCGGAGAUGCGCAUCAAGCUGGAGUCCCCAAAGGUGCCGUCGCCCAUUACUCUCACGCCCCAAUCGCGACCACCCAGCAACAGUUUUGCGUCGGUUUUCGAGAAAUCGCCACAGAUGAAAAGAACUUCCUCGCCCAGCAUAGCGGCAUGCAGCGGAAGUAACAGCAGCACCGGCAGCGGGGGCAGCAAUAGCAGCGUCAUAAGCGGGCUGAGCAGCGGCGGUAGCAUCGGUCACGGGCAGAUUCACGUGGCUAAGAAUUUGACCAGCCCGCACCAUUCGCCGUCGGACAAUGCGAUCAGUAGAAUCUCAACGUCAAACGGCGAAAUCACGGUGACCAAGUCACAAGCACCUCCCACCCCACCCCUAUCAGUACAAAAAAAUCAUCCCGCAUCGUUGCACUUCAAUCCAUCCAUCUCGCCCCAACCACUGAUUCAUCACGCGAGAGAUCUCCACCAGCACCAACACCAGCAGCAUCAGCAGCAGCAACACCAUCAGCUCUCAGUGCCAUCCAGUCACAACUCGACACAUUCGGCGCUGACAGUCAGCACCCAGUCCGCCCCGUCGUCAUUGUCGUCCUGUGCCCUCCUCGCCGGCGACAGCCACCACCAUCUAGCGAAAGAGCAACAGGGUCUGCAGCUGAAACCGUCCGCGUCGUCCACCAGCACCAGCGCCGCCGUCACGCCCGGUGUAAUCUCCCUCACCCUGGACGACGUGGAGCAGAAGAUUUCCCCCCACUCGGUGGGCUCGUCAUCGUCCAAGCGGCAUCGAAGUCUAACGCCCCCACCGCGAAAGAUGAGUCCUGCGGGAUCGAUACAGCACUCGCACCGGGGCGACAACGAUGACGACGACGACGACGGCGAGGACGAGGACAACCAUUCCGCCAACCAUGAGCUGGAUGACUCUCCAAAUGAACUCACAAUCAACCAAACCAACUGCAACGUCGUCGACGGGAUCGACCUGGACGACAUCAAGGAGUUCGCGAAGGCCUUCAAACUGCGCCGGUUGUCACUGGGCCUCACGCAAACCCAAGUGGGCCAAGCGCUAUCCGUCACCGAGGGGCCGGCCUACAGCCAAAGUGCCAUCUGCAGCGCCCUCGCAGCUCAGAUGUACUGUGCAGCUCAACUCUCGUCCCAGCAGCAGCAAAUGUUUGAAAAACUUGACAUUACCCCGAAAAGCGCCCAGAAGAUCAAGCCCGUUCUGGAGCGCUGGAUGAAGGAGGCCGAGGAAAGCCACUCUUCAAGGUUUAAGUCAGGCCAGAACCAUUUGACCGACUUCAUUGGGGUGGAACCAUCGAAGAAGCGGAAAAGGCGAACCUCUUUUACGCCUCAGGCGUUGGAGUUGUUAAAUGGACAUUUCGAGCGGAAUACUCAUCCGUCUGGAACGGAAAUCACUGGUUUGGCGCACCAGCUGGGCUACGAGCGGGAGGUGAUUCGGAUCUGGUUCUGCAACAAGCGGCAAGCCCUGAAAAACACGUUGAAAAUUACUCAGUAAACAAAGUUUCGGACUCAAGAAAGGUGCCAAAAAAUCUUCAUCUACGUCAGCUGAACGUGCCAUAGUUUUAGUUGAAAUUAUAUAAGAAAUUUAUGGAACAGAAAUAUUUUCAAAGUUUCGUUUUGCCCAAAACACAAAACAUGACUAAAUGAGAAUUUAACAUGACAUGUAUACCGAAACAAACAGAAGAAUUAUUUUUAAUAUUGAAAUUACAAUAAAAAGGUCAGACUUUCAAAGGAAAUUUAUGUAUAGUGAGCUAUAGAAAGCGAUGAACACGAUAAGAAUUUUCAAAAAAUCCUAAGAAGUGAAAAUAAAUUGGCAGUACUCAAAAACCUUAACGAGAUUCUCAAUGGUCUCUCCAAUUGGCAACAGUCCCUGAUUCGAAAUUUUCCCUCUUCCUAAUCACCGAUGCUCCCUGUGUCAUGUGCCCGUAAACGUGUAUGUACCAUCACAAUUAGAGAAAUUUCUACGAAAAGGCAUCAAAUGAUAGCUUUUGUAACUGCACCAUAGUUUUGAUCGUCGGAAUUCAGCUCAUCGUGCUAGGAUCUCAGCCAACAAAAUCGGUUCAUAUCUCACACUGCGUCUGAAAUGUAAAUAGUCUACGAAUCGGAGAAAAAAAAAAUCAUCCUAACGCUGUUAUCACACAAAACCGGUGUAAAUUUGUCUAUCCUGUAACAUACCGGCCAGAGAUUACUUGAAAUAGAAUAUUUAAACGUCAAGAAUACGGAAAACACGCGCCUCAUAGAUUUAGUUGUUUAAGAUGAGUGUUUAGUAUCCCUGUACCGAAAAAACAUAUUGGAUGUGAUAUGUAAAAUAUACAAUACUUGCAUACAUUUUGAAUGAUGGUAAAACAGACAGAACAAUUACUUUUCAGAAACCAAAACAGAUCAAAGUAAACUCACUCACACAAGUCACAUUCAGUACUCACUCAAUUGCAUUUGUCAUAAGUCCAAGUAGGAAGAAAGGAAGCCGAAGAUUGAGUUGAAGCGACGAUGCACUAAUGGGGAAGGGUUUGGGGAAAUAGUUGUAUGGAGUAAACCUGUGGAUAUUAUGCUGUAUGGAAUUCGAUAAAU